GCCCUGCCAGCCAGCAGAAAUGCUGCGAGUGCGGUGCUUGCGCGGGGGCAGCCGGGGAGCCGAAGCGGCGCAUUACAUCGGCUCGCGGCUUGGAAGAGUCUUUACAGGAUGGGUGCAGCGAUCUUUCCAGAGCACCCGGGCAGCUACAGCCUCCCAGAACACCUGUGCUGCUGAUGACAACAAGGCUGCUAGCCCUGUGCCUAAGGACUGUCUUGUUUGCUCAUACAAUGAAUGGGACCCACUGGAAGAGGUCAUUGUGGGAAGAGCUGAAAAUGCUUGUGUCCCCCCUUUUUCUGUGGAGGUUAAGGCCAACACAUAUGAAAAGUAUUGGGGGUUUUAUCAGAAAUUUGGAGGCCAGAGCUUCCCCAAAGACCAUUUAAAAAAAGCUAUUGCUGAAAUUGAAGAGAUGUGCAAUAUUUUGAAAAGAGAAGGUGUAAUUGUCAAGAGACCUGAUCCAAUUGACUGGUCUGUGAAGUAUAAAACACCUGAUUUUGAGUCUACAGGUAUGUAUGCUGCCAUGCCAAGAGACAUCCUGUUGGUGGUGGGAAACGAAAUUAUUGAAGCACCUAUGGCUUGGCGUGCUCGGUUCUUUGAGUACAGAGCAUAUAGACGAAUAAUCAAAGAAUAUUUCAACUGUGGUGCUAAGUGGACAACUGCCCCCAAACCGACAAUGGCAGAUGAACUCUAUGAUCAGGAUUAUCCAAUCCACUCUGUUGAAGACAGGCAUAAACUGGCAGCUCAGGGAAAAUUUGUAACUACUGAAUUUGAGCCAUGCUUUGAUGCCGCUGACUUCAUUAGAGCUGGAAGAGAUAUCUUUGUACAAAGGAGCCAGGUUACAAAUUACAUGGGCAUUGAAUGGAUGAUGCGACAUCUUGCACCAGACUAUAGAGUGCAUGUAAUAUCCUUUAAGGAUCCUAACCCUAUGCACAUUGAUGCCACUUUUAAUAUCAUUGGUCCCGGUCUUGUGCUCUCUAACCCAGACCGUCCCUGCCAUCAGAUUGAGCUCUUCAAGAAAGCAGGCUGGACUGUGAUUCGCCCCCCUGUGCCACUCAUCCCAGAUGAUCACCCACUAUGGAUGUCUUCUAAAUGGCUCUCCAUGAAUGUCCUAAUGCUGGAUGAGAAACGUGUGAUGGUGGAUGCCAAUGAGACAUCAAUUCAGAAGAUGUUUGAAAAUCUGGGCAUUUCUACAAUUAAAGUGAAUAUUCGCCAUGCCAAUUCAUUGGGAGGUGGUUUCCAUUGCUGGACAUGUGAUAUCCGCCGCCGUGGUACCCUGCAAUCUUAUUUUGACUAGUUAUGAGCCAGAUAGGUAGCAAUGGUUCAGCUUCUAAAAUAAGCAUAGGAAAUGAACAAAUUAAUGUCACUUUUGUUGAAAUGACUGCAUGAGCUUUAGUGCUUGAUCAGUGGUGUCCUUACAGCGGUCUGGUAAAUGACUUAUUCUUACAUACACUUCGCUUUCAGCAGUAUAAUUGAAACUACUUCCAUCAGCAA